CACGGCCACGAACAAGGCAGCAGUUGCGGCGGCUACAAUUUGGAUCGGCGGCGGCGCGUUUGAGCAAGCGGCGGCGACGCGGUCGAGAUUCUUCAUGCCGAUUGAUCUUCACAUGUGCGCGCAUUUAUGGUCAGUGAAUAUAAAGAGGCUUAUUGGUUGUUUUUCAUCAACUGGUUGGUUGCUUCUGCUUGUCUGUCCACUAUAUGUAUAGAUAUCCCACUGGAAGAGAAUUAGUAAACAGCACGAAGCUAGCUAGCAUUUCUCUUCUCCUGUGGAGUACUCCAGUCCCUUUCCUUUGAGGUCAGUUAAAUCAAGAUAUGGAUGGCAGACAAUACAUCAGCAGCUAGUUAAAUCAAGAUAUGGAUGACAGACAAUACAUCAGCAGCUAGUUCAUCGGAAGGAGGACACGAAGAGCCACAGAUGGACCGACGACUCCUGAAAGCAGCCGCAUCUGGUGAUUCCACAUCAAUGGAGGAGAUGGCUUCGCAAGAUCAAAGCAUUCUUCUUGGAAAAACUCUGCAAGGGAACACCUGCCUCCACAUAUCCUCCAUCCAUGGUCACCAGGUGUUUUGCACGGAUGUGGUGGCACUGGAGGAAUCACUCCUUGCCACUGUAAAUUUGGAUGGGGAGACGCCUCUUCUCACUGCCAUUACACGUGGCUGGGUCUCAUUGACUUCUGUCUUACUCCGAUGCUACCGCUCACGGCGGUUGAGUGAGGCAAUCUUGCAACAAGACACGCAUGGAUGCAAUGCACUGCACCAUGCCAUUCGCAGCGGCCACAGGGAGCUUGCGCUGGAGUUGAUAGCAGCAGAGCCUGACCUGUCGAAGCAUGUGACCAAGUUCAAUGACUCACCCAUGUACAUCGCGGCAAAGAGAAAUUUUACAGAUGUUUUUGAGGAACUCUUGAAUGUUCCAGAUUCUAGUCAUGCGGGACGGUGUGACAACAAUGCUUUGCAUGCUGCAGCUACAAACGGGAAUGGAGACAUUGCUACAAAAAUUAUGAGGAUGCGACCUGAAAUGGCCAGAGCAGCUAACAAGUACGGCAAUACACCAGCAAGAUUGGUUGUCCUUUAUAACAAGGUUGACAUGCUACGAGUAUUGCUAGAACAUGAUUGUUCUUUAGGGUAUGAAAUGAGCACAAAAGGUUUUCCCCUGCUUCAUGCUGCCGCAUAUCGAGGUCAUAUUGAUGUUGCUGGAGAGAUUCUUAAACAUUGUCCUGAUGCUCCUUAUUGUCAAGUAGAUAACCAGGAUGGUUGGACACUCCUACAUACAACUAUAAUUAACAAUCAUGCAGAGUUCACCGAAUUUAUCCUGAGGACACCGCAGCUUCGCAAAGUCAUUAACAUGCAAGACAACCAAGGAAAAACCCCUCUACAUUAUGCAGUCCAAAGUUGCAAUCCUAAAAUAGUCGCUGCCUUACUGUCUCACGAGGAUAUAGAUGUAACAAUGAUCGACAACAAUGGUGAUCCAGCAACUUGGGAACUGUGGAAGGUCAUACAGAAUGCCAAAACUUUAAACUGGAAUGAAGUGUGCAUGCUUAUGCUAAAAGCGAAUCCUCAACAUACUGGAUCUAUUUAUAAUCUUCAUCGGAAAGCCAAGCAAGAGGCGACUAAUGCAUCAAGGAAGGAUGCAAAAUCACUAACUCAAAUAUACACAACCAACACUUCGUUAGUAGCAAUCCUCAUUACGACAAUCGCCUUUGCUGCCGCGUUCACCCUACCUGGAGGAUACAGCAAUGGCGCUGGAAGCGAAGGACUUCCCGUCAUGUCUCGCAAGGUUGCAUUUCAGGCAUUCUUGAUCUCUGACACCUUAGCAAUGUGCUCUUCAUUUGCUGUCGCCUUCAUAUGCAUCAUGGCAAGGUGGGAGGAUUACGAGUUCUUGGUUUACUAUAGAUCAUUUACUAAGAAGCUCAUGUGGUUUGCAUAUGUGGCAACUACCACAGCCUUUUCAACUGGUUUAUAUACGGUGUUGCCCCGACAUCUCCACUGGUUGGCCAUUGCAAUUUGCAUUACAGUAGCUUUGUUGCCCAUUCUCACGAAGCUGCUGGGCGAAUGGCCUGUCUUGAGUCUUAGAUUUCGGCUGGGAAAAACUUUCAACUCUGAUCUCCUUGACAUUGUGUGACCUCAGGUAUUUGUCUUCUGGUCCUUGUAACAUUUUGUAAUCUAUCUGUAGUUGACACUGUUUGGCUACUCAUAUAGAAUUGUUCACUCAUCAUGAAAAAAUAUUGUGCUAUUAUUCUUGUAUUCAGCUCAAAUUUUGGGACAGAAUGUGGUCAUGUUAUUCUUGUAUUCCACUUAAACUAAAUGCAGUGAUCCGGUCUCUAGAGAUAAUUCAUGCCAUCUGCAAUGGCAGUCGCCAUGGGUUAUCAGCAUCUGAAAGACAAGAGAGUUGUCAUGAAACCAUAAAAAAAGAUGCUAAAAGCACCACAGAAAAGUAUAUUAUAUAUGAAGAAUUCAGGUACUGUUGAGCACUAGUAAGAUUGCACGUGCAAUGAAUGUAUCGACUGAUGCACAAAAAAGCAGUCUGUUUAUAACAAAUACCGAUGUGUACAAAUAAUUGGUAAGCCAAAUAAUAAUUUAUUUGCAAAUUGCUUGCAAGCAGAAGCACAAUAUUAGCUUGUAAAACAGCAAUCCUUAUAGAUAUAUCACGGCAAAGUAUGACCUGUACAUUUUAAAGCACAAUAUGUAAUCAUUACACCAUGGAUAACAUGUAAGGACCACAAAAUCACUAAAUUUUACACUUUUAUUACAACA